UUGCUUUCCCCAAACCUGCGGUCACCACUGACGACGACUCCUGACGUGGGGCAAGUACACUUCGGAAAUUGGCCUGUUUCGGAGGCUGUCACGGCGCACAUCGAAAGUGCCAAAUCCCGGAACAGCGCUGAGCCUGUUUAUCGGCCCCCGUCCGACUCGAGGCGUGUCUGCGUCGACACCCCGUGCCACACCCGGCACCUCGGCUCAAUCUUGCAAGUUGCAGCACCCGCCAUCACCGCCUGACCGUGACAACGGCGCAUAGAGAUAAAGCAGCACAAUGGCGAAACAAGCAAACCUCUACUCCUUCCCAACCGUGGAGGCUCUCGCCCCGGCCCUCCGCGCCUACGUGAUCUCCUGCCAGGAAGCCGGCAUCACCCGCCACGGCGUCUUCAAGGUGGCCGUCUCGGGCGGCUCGCUGCCCAAGACGCUGGCGCAGGCCCUGUUGGCGCCGCCCACCUCGGACGCCGACACGAUCAAGUGGGACCGGUGGGAGAUCUUCUUCGCCGACGAGCGCGCCGUGCCGCUCGACCACCCGGACUCCAACUACGCGCUGCUCAAGGCCGAGCUGCUCGACAAGUUGCAGCUGCCCGACGGCACCACCCCCCCGGUUGUGCACACCAUCGACCCCGAGGCGCUCGACGACACGCAGGAGCUGGCCGACCGGUACGAGCAGGCGCUCGUGCGCAGCUUCGCCAGCCGCGACUCGGUCAAGCUGCCCAUCUUCGACCUGCUGCUGCUCGGCUGCGGGCCCGACGGCCACACGUGCUCGCUGUUCCCCGGCCACGAGCUGCUGCGCGAGACGAGCGCCUGGGUCGCCCCCAUCGAGGACUCGCCCAAGCCGCCGCCGAGGCGCGUCACGCUGACCCUGCCCGUCGUGACGCACGCCGUGAAGGUGGCCUUCGUGGCCACCGGCGCCGGGAAGAAGGAGGUCCUGAAGGAGAUCUUUGAGCAAGGGAACGGCCUGCCCUGCGCGCUGGUCAACGAGGGGACCGGCGGGAGGUGCAGCUGGUUCGUCGACAACGCGGCCGUCGAGGGGGUUAGCUACCCCCGGCGGCCGUUCAGCUUAUGAUCGGCGAAGGGGCCAAGGGGCAGGCAUGUAUGGGCGGGUUUUGGGAGGUCCAUAAGGAGGAGAACAGCGGUGUAGCAAGCUCACGACACCAGUUGACCCGCCCAGACGGGUCCAUCCCGUCUGGCGUUCAGCGUCGACAGAAAGGAUUUUGAGGCGGCCACAGCUUUCGUUAGCUUUGAUAUCCCACAGUUGUGUUAUUUGCUUGCGCGCAAGGUUGCGGGCGGUUUCCUGAACAGAGCUAUCUAGCUAAACGUUGUUUCGUCUUGUCUUGGGAAUUCUCACUACCGCCUUCGGGCACCCUUACCGUGUGUUAAC